GCCUUACUCAUAUUUGCAACACGGACUGCCGGAGGAUCCAAUGCUUUUCUAACGCAGAACCCCAUAUUCACCGCCGAGCCUGCUCUCCGCCUCCUCUUCCUCCUCUCCUCUCCUCUCCUCUCCCCUCUCCUCUCCUCCUCGGAAGCAAUAUGCGCUGAUUUCUGGCCAGUCUGCUAAUCUUCUGUGGAAGGAUGAUUUCUGUCGUCUCCACUGUGCAAACUGUUCCCAGCGAUACGGGCACCUCGGCGCCGAGCAUUUACCAGAGGAUCAGGAAGGUCUUCAGCAGGGACCUGUUGGUGACCUUAGCACUGGGUCAGGUCUUGUCGUUGCUGAUCUGUGGUAUUGGUCUGACCAGCAAAUACCUGGCUGAUGACUUCCAUGCCAACACUCCGGUGUUCCAAGGCUUUCUCAACUACAUCUUGCUGUUUCUGGUGUAUACAACCACACUCGCUGUGAGGCAAGGUGAGGAAAAUUUGCUGGCCAUUCUGAAACGACAGUGGUGGAAGUACAUGAUUCUGGGUUUGAUAGACAUUGAGGCCAACUAUCUGGUCAUCAAAGCUUACCAGUACACUACACUUACCAGUGUGCAGCUAUUAGACUGUUUUGUCAUCCCGGUAGUCUUGCUGCUGUCCUGGUUCUUUCUGUUGGUGAGAUACAAAGCUGCUCACUUCAUCGGAGUGGGGGUGUGUCUGCUGGGCACCGGCUGCAUGGUGGGGGCUGAUGUGCUAGUUGGCCAGCAACAGGGCUCUGGGGAGCAAAAGCUGCUGGGCGAUCUGCUGGUUCUGGCAGGAGCGACGCUGUAUGGGAUCUCGAAUGUCUGUGAGGAGUUCAUUGUGAAGAACUGGAGCCGGGUGGAGUUUCUGGGCAUGAUGGGCCUCUUUGGAUCCUUCUUCAGUGGCAUCCAGCUGGCCAUCAUGGAGCACAAGGAGUUGCUGAGGCUUGCCUGGGAUUGGCAGAUAGGUCUUCUCUACAUCGGUUUCAGUGCCUGUAUGUUUGGCUUGUACAGCUUCAUGCCGGUGGUGAUGAAGAGGACAAGUGCCACGUCGGUCAAUCUGUCUCUGCUGACUGCUGACCUGUACAGCCUCUUCUGUGGCCUCUUCCUCUUUCACUACAAGUUCUCGGUCCUCUAUCUGUUGUCAUUCUUCAUCAUUGUCCUGGGCCUGAUCCUCUACUCCUCUUCCUCCACCUACAUGGCCCAGGACCCGCGGGUCUACAAGCAGUUCAGGAACACAGGCGCACAGCCGGCCACCGCCCUGCCCCACCUCGGCCCCCUGGAGCCCUCCGUCACCUACACAAGUCUGGACCAGGAGCUGGUUGAGGAGCCUCCUGUGCGAGUAGUGUGAAAAUAUGUGGGAGAGACCCCCUUCGGUCAGUCUGAGGGAUCGAUCAAUCAAUCAGCUGCCAUCCCUUAGUCCUGCCCACAGCUGUGUACAGAGAAUAAGUGUUGGAUGCAGCCAGUUUUCUGCCCAGAGCAGUUUGGUUGACUACCCACCUGGGUCCAUGUUUUUAAUUUUAAUGCCCAAUUUUGAUCUCAUAGGGAGGGACUCCCCACUCGCUGACUGGGAUAAGACAAAUUGAAAGCACUCAUAUACUGUAAAUGCUAAACGAGCAACAAAACACAUAGCAAACCAAGUGGAAAUGUACACUGUGAUUAAAGACUGAAAAGAUAGCAGUGCUUUUGUAAAUUACGGUUCUGAAAAACCAUUUCAUGUAAAGGAUAUUAUACAUUUGUGUCAUUUCCUGUUGUCUUUUUUUUAACAUGUCUCAAGGAUUUUUGUGGGUAAUACUUGUGUACAUGCUAAAAUUGUGACUUUCAUUACCCUACUCAAAACUUAGCAAAGGUUUGACGGCACUGAAGUUUGUUUAUUUCUUAUUUCUCUGUAAAUCUACCUGAUUGAGUUUAAAGACAAAUUUGGUAGUUUGGUUAAAGAUGAGUUUAAAAUCUCAGUGCUAGUAAACUAGUGGUACCAUGUGGUUUUCAUGCAUGCACACAAGUGUGUAUGAGUGUGUCAUGCAUGGAGAUGGUCCACAGUAUAGUAUGGAGAGGGAGUGCUUAGGGACUGCCAGCAUCCCAGAUAGUCCACAUGGUGUUUUUCCCUCUUGGCUC